AUGUCGCAAAGAAAAGAGGCUUUGAGGGAUCUGUUUGAGUGCAGCUGGCGGCCUGAUUUGAAGGUAAUUACACUUAAAGAGUUAUGCAGCUGUGUUUUAUCAAUGUUACAUGCUCUUGGAAAGCAGUUAGCGCGAGUUCCUCGUUCAAAAGACGAAUGUGUUUACACAGGCAUCAACCGUAAAUUACCGAGUCACGCAGUCAAAGAAGGUAACAAAUGUUGUUCUUUAGCUUAUGUUAAAUAAUGCGUAGCGAUCAACUGCCAUGGUGAAACAAAUAAUGGCCAUAUUAACGGACGUGAUUUAACCUUUUCGCGUUAUUCUGCGAAUGUGCUGGAAUGUACUCGUUAAAUGUCUUGUAUUAACUGUGCUCGCAUAAAUACGAAUCACGGUUGAUCUUUGUGUCCCGUUGGUUUGAAUUGGAGCAAAAGAAUUAGAUCAUUUUUGCAGUAUUUAAUUUUUUCACUCUUCGGUGAAAGGAGUUGAUCCAAAUCCCGUGAAAUACCGGAAGGACCCUACCUACUUUUACGAAAUUGACGCGAUCUCUGUAUGCCUUUCGUCUUUAACAUUAUAUUGUCGGUUUGCGUGUCUCAAUAUCCUUUUCAAGCUGCGUAGUUUAUAACUUACUCAAUGACGAUAAUCACGAGUAGACGUUGAAUGUUUACGCUCGACCGAUUUGUCUCCAUUUAGUAAGCUUUAAAAAGAUAUAUUUAUCAUAUCCUCUUGCAGCAUACAGCUUUGAUAUAUAAACUCAUCAAUUUGGGAAUUCAUAAUGGCUUUUACGUGCUGUCGUUUUGACUGCGAUAUUUUCCCUUAACCCGGAGGUCGUAUCAUCGAAAACUUUCGCUUAUGCCUUAGAGUUUGCUUUCCUUUCAUCCCCUUGCCAAAGCUAACAAAGAGAAAAAAUGCGGUUUUUUUAAACCUCCAGAACAUACAAAAUAAUAUAAUUUAAACUCGGCCCCUUUCACACACCUUUGUAACAUAUACAAAGGAAAAAUAAACCGAUUAUUAUCAGUUUGUUUUGUCACAUUCAUACCUAUUAGCUGUACCCUCUUGUUAUCUGUCAAGUGUCCCGUCCAACAUAAACAUUUCAUUUGCCGGCCUGUCUACUAGUUGUAUAAUAUUACCUAAGGUUUUGGACGAUCUAGUGACCUGCAUCACCGUCACCCGAACAGGAACAUCACAGUCACCGGGCAACCUGACGUUUGCAUAUGCGAACAUAAUUCCAAAUUGUGACGUUGUUUUACAAAAUUUAUAAACAUUUUUAGCUGUUCGCAUCCAUGUUUUAUUCUUGUUACAUUAUAGAGAAGGGCCUAGCCUGCGUAGCAGGCGCUUGGAAGUAGUGGGCACAAGAAAAAACGGGCGCGCGAGAAGGAGACACGCGAGGGGAGAGGAAGCUCCCUCACCCCUGGCUAAGAAGGGCCUAACAGUGUCACUUCGGACCUACAAAAUAAUUUAUGUAAUAUUUGUUAAGAUCAGUUACCUGUAACGAAAAAUCGUGCACAUAAAUUUUACCAUUUACAGGAGGCUUCAAUCAAAAGUUAGCCGCGUUGGGCAACUCUUUGUUUAUAGGAAAGAAAGAAAGAAAGACAAUAAAUAGGCUGGGAGAGAGAGUGUGGGCAAGUAAAGGACAUUCACGAUUGGUGCGUCUCAAUCAAAGGUCAUCUAAAGUUUGUCGUGCCGAGACUCAUCUUUCAUUCUUUGUUUAAAAAAAAGCUCUGUGUCUAGAGAGAGGGACCAUGGACAGAAAGAGCUAGCAAAAGUACAAGUCGUGUGGGGAUUUGGAAGGGCUGGGCGCAGGGCUCGAGCGGCGGGGAGGUAUGGUAUAAUAUGGUUGUCGAGAAACCUUCGUUCGAAGCUAUUUAAGCUGUUUUGUUGCACUUACUUGGUAAAAAGAGUGAUUGAGCUCACAAGUGAGAUAUGAUAUAAGUUCAGACAACAUUAUUUCCAACGUCUAUUUACAUAAUUUAUAUGUAAUUGGUGAUAGUCUCUUUUACACAAAGAUGGCAUUUGCCAUAGUUAUGUUAAAGACGAGACAGUUCCCCAAACCUUAGCCUGCGAACCGCAGACGAAUUUCCAGUCGUCGCUUCUCUCCUUUUGAAUUUUCUCGGCGGGUGAAACUAGAAACUAGAGUCGAAAAAACCGGAUGCUCUCGCAGGCUACCAAACCUUGGCUUGAUAAUUGUUACAUCAUGUUACUUAAUGUGAUGAAAACCCCUUCUAGGCUGAAUCUGCUGAAUGAAUGAACAGCAUAUUGGCUAAGUUUCAAACUUUGAACAGUGAAAGUUAUAGCCUUUCCUUUAACGAAUUGUCUAGUCUAAUUUUUGCAAAUCUUCGGUCCUCGUUUCUUACAGUUUCUUGGAAAUAAAUAGUCCAUCCCGAGACUGUCUAUGGCUGUAGGCGUUAUCUCUGUGUGUACAGUCUAGAAGAACAAAACUUUAAAAUGUUGACAUUUUAACAGUUCAACUGGCUCUAAUAUUUUAUUUUUACUUAAUUGACCCCUGUAUGUGUUGAAUAAUCGCCAUACUGCAAGCUUAGAUUUUGCUUAAUUUUAUCGCUAACAUUAGAUUAGAUCAGAACACAAGAGGCCAUUUGUUCAUGAACUGUUAACUAAAUGCAGUUUUUUCGUUGCCGAUAGAACAAUUAUCAUGUUUCAUACUUCUGUAUUUUAUUGCUGCUCACAAAAAUGUACGUUAAGAUUGUAUCUGCACAUAAGAGUGGGACCUGACCUAACAAAGGUGCAAUUGCUCGUUGAUAAUGCUUAAUUAAGUCAUAUCAUAGCGUAUUGUGAAAGAGUCGAAUGAACUCUAACAAUUAAUUGAAUGUCUGCAUUUAAGGCUGGCUUGAUCUUUUGUGGUGUGGAAUGCUGGUUCAUUUGCAUUUAGAAGCAGUUAAUGAUUUCAGCUUGUUAUCAUUGUGGGAUACCAUUAAUAUUGCUUCAUCGUGACGAAACGUUCAAGGAAAUACCUCUUUAUAGAGUAUUCUGCUUCCUAUGCGAGGUUGUCAUUGAUGGCGAAUGAUUCAAGAUUUUCCUUUACCUUUCGCUCUUGAAGACCAGAGAGUUUUGAGCAAGCGGGCUAGAUCACGCGUUAACGACCACUAUACAUCGUAGAUUCCUCCCAAACUGAUUUGUUAACUGACGUCAAAAUGGUGGAAUACAUGGUAAGUUUGGUUGAUGUUUUUGCCUUCUUUACCGAUUUCUUACGAGGAUGAUCGAUUAGUGAACAAAAUCUCAUAACUUUUAUGGUGCAAGAAAGCCGAAUUUGUACUUAAUGCCCGAUGGUUCUUACUUGUUAUAGUUUUUAAUCAUGCACGUUUACUUCUUGCAGACAAAAGGAAAUAACCUUACUGACUGUUGACUUAAGUCAACAUCAUUUUCGUUCAUUUGUUUGCUCAAUGAGAUGUAAGGGUGCUUAACCGGAUUUUACACUGCGCAGUACUUGUAAAGAGCGCUAGGUUAUUUGUUAAGUCUGUUAAUAUCUUGUUUAUAGUCAUUAGUGCAAUUUGUGCACAAAUACAGUUCGCUAAUUACGCACACCGUAUUCAGUUAUUAGAAAGCGGUGUUUAGUCGUUUUAGUUCUCGUUUUACAUGAUGUUAAAUUGUGUGUACGCGUUUGCUGCAUUGGAAGUAAGACAGGAGAGGAAACAGAAAUGGCCAUCAUAUAAGUUACUCAUUGACUCAGCACGUGAUAAAUACUAAUGCCCUACUGUUCGCCAUCAAGAUAGUAAGGGUUUGAAGGUGGGGGGAGGGUGGGGACGGGGAAUGGUAGCUGGUUCCUUGUCUUGGCAGAUAGCCCAAAUCCAAGUUAGAAAAGCGACAGUCAACAAACUAAAACCUAAGACCGUUAAGUCCGUUAAAAUUUCCUGCAUUAGUCGGCUGUCUGAGAAGAGCCAGGAGACUGGACUGUUCACUGCAAUAUCCGCUCCUUAGCCAAACUCGUCGCAGAGAGAAGUCGUUAUUAGCUGUGGUCACACUACAGACUUUUACUUAGGUAAAACCGAUUUACCUAGGGCAAAUUCAUCAAAAAUCUGUCUAGGUAAAUUCAUCUCGGGUUUUGUUCAGUACCUAGGUAAAAAUUCUGGGAAGGUCACACUACUGAUAUCGGCUCACGCCAGUUGAAUUUUUUGGAGUGUAAAUUCAAGAAGGCAAAAUGCGUAGGGAUCUAGGUGAUCAAAGAGAAGUAGUGGGCGAAAGAGAAGAGACGUUUUUUUCUUUUAUCUCGCUGUUAUUUCUUACGCUAAUUCAACGUGCAAGGUGAAGAAAGGCGAAGACGUAGACGACUCGUGCUCCCAAAAUUUCUCUCACAGCGUGAUCUAUGUCCGGUUCUGUCAUCAAGACCUUCGCCGAUGAGCGUCUAUUGGCUAGCAACCUCGGUAUUUCAUUUUUCCCUAGCUAUUGCUUUGGGGUAGCUGUCAAGGGAAACUCUAUUGUUUUCGAGACAUAUCCAAGACCCAUCAGGCCCCAGUUGUUCAAAGGGUGGAUAACGCUGUCCACCGUCAGCGGAUAACGGGCAAUUAUUUCUCCUAAUACUUAUCCGGUGGAUAGUGAUUUAUCCAGGCCAUUUCAGCAAAUACAUUGAGCGUUUCGUUUAUUCGCGAAUAAUUGUCAAGUGGCAAAUAUUGUUUGAAUAAUAAACGGGAACAUAAACAGGAAGUAUUAGUAAAUAUGACCAAUACAAGGGCUACAGAGAGUUUGUUGCUAAGUCCGUUUCGAAAUUAAUACUUUUAACUGAAACAUUAUAUUGCGACUCGAUAUUACAUCUUGAGCUAGAAUGAUGAGUCACUUGUCACAUAAAUAAAGUUCUAAAUGAUUGGGUUAAUUUCCCUCGGUAAGUCGCUAUAUAAUAAGUGGCGCCACUCGCUUUUUUCUACUGACCUGAAGAGAGGUGAGCUCAAAAGGAAAAAAGUGAAGUAACCAUUUAAAGGUUUGGAUUUUGAGGUGACGAAUGAUUCAAGAUUUUCCUUUACCUUUCGCUCUUGAAGACCAGAGAGUUUUGAGCAAGCGGGCUAGAUCACGGGUUAACGACCACUAUACAUCGUAGAUUCCUCCCAAACUGAUUUGUUAACUGACGUCAAAAUGGUGGAAUACAUGGUAAGUUUGGUUGAUGUUUUUGCCUUCUUUACCGAUUUCUUACGAGGAUGAUCGAUUAGUGAACAAAAUCUCAUAACUUUUAUGGUGCAAGAAAGCCGAAUUUGUACUUAAUGCCCGAUGGUUCUUACUUGUUAUGGUUUUUAAUCAUGCACGUUUACUUCUUGCAGACAAAAGGAAAUAAACUUACUGACUGUUGACUUAAGUCAACAUCAUUUUCGUUCAUUUGUUUGCUCAAUGAGAUGUAAGGGUGCUUAACCGGAUUUUACACUGCGCAGUACUUGUAAAGAGCGCUAGGUUAUUUGUUAAGUCUGUUAAUAUCUUGUUUAUAGUCAUUAGUGCAAUUUGUGCACAAAUACAGUUCGCUAAUUACGCACACCGUAUUCAGUUAUUAGAAAGCGGUGUUUAGUCGUUUUAGUUCUCGUUUUACAUGAUGUUAAAUUGUAUGUUCGCGUUUGCUGCAUUGGAAGUAAGACAGGAGAGGAAACAGAAAUGGCCAUCAUAUAAGUUACUCAUUGACUCAGCACGUGAUAAAUACUAAUGCCCUACUGUUCGCCAUCAAGAUAGUAAGGGUUUGAAGGUGGGGGGGGGGGGGGGGGGACGGGGAAUGGUAGCUGGUUCCUUGUCUUGGCAGAUAGCCCAAAUCCAAGUUAGAAAAGCGACAGUCAACAAACUAAAACCUAAGACCGUUAAGUCCGUUAAAAUUUCCUGCAUUAGUCGGCUGUCUGAGAAGAGCCAGGAGACUGGACUGUUCACUGCAAUAUCCGCUCCUUAGCCAAACUCGUCGCAGAGAGAAGUCGUUAUUAGCUGUGGUCACACUACAGACUUUUACCUAGGUAAAAGCGAUUUACCUAGGGCAAAUUCAUCAAAAAUCUGUCUAGGUAAAUUCAUCUCGGGUUUUGUUCAGUACCUAGGUAAAAAUUCUGGGAAGGUCACACUACUGAUAUCGGCUCACGCCAGUUGAAUUUUUUGGAGUGUAAAUUCAGGAAGGCAAAAUGCGCAGGGAUCUAGGUGAUCAAAGAGAAGUAGCGGGCGAAAGAGAAGAGACGUUUUUUUCUUUUAUCUCGCUGUUAUUUCUUACGCUAAUUCAACGUGCAAGGUGAAGAAAGGCGAAGACGUAGACGACUCGUGCUCCCAAAAUUUCUCUCACAGCGUGAUCUAUGUCCGGUUCUGUCAUCAAGACCUUCGCCGAUGAGCGUCUAUUGGCUAGCAACCUCGGUAUUUCAUUUUUCCCUAGCUAUUGCUUUGGGGUAGCUGUCAAGGGAAACUCUAUUGUUUUCGAGACAUAUCCAAGACCCAUCAGGCCCCAGUUGUUCAAAGGGUGGAUAACGCUGUCCACCGUCAGCGGAUAACGGGCAAUUAUUUCUCCUAAUACUUAUCCGGUGGAUAGUGAUUUAUCCAGGCCAUUUCAGCAAAUACAUUGAGCGUUUCGUUUAUUCGCGAAUAAUUGUCAAGUGGCAAAUAUUGUUUGAAUAAUAAACGGGAACAUAAACAGGAAGUAUUAGUAAAUAUGACCAAUACAAGGGCUACAGAGAGUUUGUUGCUAAGUCCGUUUCGAAAUUAAUACUUUUAACUGAAACAUUAUAUUGCGACUCGAUAUUACAUCUUGAGCUAGAAUGAUGAGCCACUUGUCACAUAAAUAAAGUUCUAAAUGAUUGGGUUAAUUUCCCUCGGUAAGUCGCUAUAUAAUAAGUGGCGCCACUCGCUUUUUUCUACUGACCUGAAGAGAGGUGAGCUCAAAAGGAAAAAAUUGAAGUAACCAUUUAAAGGUUUGGAUUUUGAGGUUGGUUUAUUUAAUAACCGCGUCCUAUUGUUGUUAAAUAACUGAUUCAUUUUAAAGCCGGAUAAAUUUGUAGGAUAGGUUCCAGUUAAAAUCGUUUUUACAUAGCUAAAAUGCCGGGAUAAAUUAGCUGUCGGUUAAGUACGUGCCUAAAGCUGAGCUAGGACUCUCGGAAGUUCAAGGGUCUUUUGCCUUUGCUCUCUUUGUACAGUGUCAGUUUUAGUGUCUUUUAGCGAUAAUUGCAAACACCACUAGAGUCAAUAGUCGGUGUAGUGCAUUAAUUUUCAGAUUUUCCGUGACAGCUACAACAUUUCAGGUACAUGCCUUUGAUGUGUUGUGAAAAUUAUCCUCCAGGAAAGAUUUUCCGGGAGGUCUUCUUCGAUGGACACCUUCAGCUAAGGCUAAAUCACCUAGUAUUAUAUUUGUAUGAAGUUUCCAUGUACAUGUACAUCAUAGACAGGUGAAAAUACCCACACCCACGCCUGUUUUUACGUACAUGUAAUGAAAAAUGUACAAAGAAGAAAGAAAAUGUUUAGGUCUCACCAAGCGAACGAAAUAUCGAAUAGGCUUUAGUUUAGUGCAUGGUUACACCUGAUGAUUUCGUCAAUAAUCUUAAAAGUUAGUGGAAAGUACUGUCUACCUUUGAUAGUGAUGGCCCCCAAUCAAUCCUAACCAGAACGUUUGAUGUAAUUACCUCUUUUUGAUUUUUUUUAAUCAAUGUCAUGCUUUAAUUUGUAUUUUUUUAACUUUUAGUUGUACAGUGUAUUUUAAAAUGCUUGCAACACCUACUUCCAUGGCGUCCUUGAUGCGCAGUGAAGUAAAUUGUAGUAGUCAAUAUUAAUGCGAAAGUCUAAAAUUAAAACAAUGAGGUAUUGAUUAGACACAGAACUAAAAACAAACCGAAGUGCGAAAUCGGAAGGGUGCUGUUUACUUAUGACUGGUUGUCGGUGUUGUAGGAUAUGUUUCGUCUCACGAUCCUUUUCUCCCUUAAGAAAGAUUUUGAGGUCAGUGAUUAUUAGCCAGUGAAGUUUUAUUCAUAAUGCUUUAUUUUACUAUUUUUUGUUUUAUACGUCAAUUUAAUAUUUUUAUGCUUGUUUACGGACUUGAGAAACAACAACAACAAAAAACAAUAACAAAAAAAAAAAACAAAACAAAAAGCAAAGAAAAUGGGUUCGUUAAUUUCAAUACAUAGAGUGCGAUUUGAUUUCCGAUAAAGUGAUAUAAUUAUGCCACGUUUGUUGUCUAAUCUGGGCAAGUGUUUCUGUAGAACGCAGAGUGUUAAUAACCAGUAGCCUAAAUAAAGCGUGUAUUUUUUUUUCUUUUGUCCUCUCAUGGUGUUAAGAUAAUGCUGUGUUUCCAUUAAGUCCAAUUACUCUUUUAUCGGUGUCCAUUCAUGCAAUCAAUGGGCUAAUGAACUUUGUGUGUCGUUUCAUUGGCAAUAGCGGUCUUAUUAAGCUUGUUUGUCAAUUAUUCAUGAUCCAAAUCGCUUUCCAACUACUUGAAGAAGAUGGACGUGCUUAGGAGCCCAUCAACGCUUUCGUCCAUUAGUGCGAAGACGUGAUCACGGAAACUUCCAAGAUGCAUAAGCUUUCACUCUUGGCGCAGUCCGGAAGACUUAUUUAAUGGCACAAUGCCGUCAGCCUUUUGGCAUCGUUCUUUUAUUAGGAGUGUUCUCGAGGUUGGUGAAAUACGUUAGUUUGUUAACUCGUAGUGUGAGCGCGAAUACUUCCAGUUUUGUUUUGUCUGUGGACCGAUCUCUGUACGAAGUCUUGUGGCACUGUUGCUUUUCAAGUGUAGACUUUUUACUGUAUCAUAGUGCUUUUUGCUAGUACAAAUAAUUUCUUUUCUUGGUGAUAUUUUUCCUUGGAUUUUAUUGUUACAGUAGUCGUUUGUUGGAAUCAAAUACAAGACAUGACUCUUUUUUUUUUUGAAAUUUCCUUUAACCGCAAUAUUAUUUUAUUCUUUUUUAACUUCAUUUUCAUAGUUAUGGUCCCAUUAUACGUAAUAAGUUUGGCUCACUGGUCCAUCAAGCUUAUUUUAAUGGGAAAAGUUUAAAAUGCAUUAAUCCUUUUCCAAGUUUUUGCAUACUUAGUGUUAUUUGACGAUAUGAUUUGCGAAUAUUGAAAAUUUUUUUCCUUGUUUGUAAAAUCUCCGGCCCCUCAAAAAGAACUCAGAAGCAAAACUGAGCUAAUUAUUUAAUAUGCGUACCGAAAAUGUCUUAGGCCCCGACCACACGUAUCCGAAUAUUGUUGAAUCCGCAAUUUAUGAAUAAAUAAAAUAUCAAAAUAACAAAAUAUUUACUUCAUAGCAACCGACUUUGUUGCCGAAAUUGUACUCGAUAUGUCAUGAUUGUAUUAUAAUAUCAAGAAUUCGUAUCAAGCAUUGCUAUUGUUUCAAUUCUAAUCUUUCUCAAAGCCCAAAAUAUGGAUGAUUCACUUGCUAUAAUAGAUUUUCCUUGUGUUUCGUUGCUCCUGCAUGUUCUUAGCCUUUCUUUCGUUUUUUUUUUUUGAGUCCCUAAUUAGUCUUUCACACGCGUAUAAAGUCCUUGAGUUGCACGUGUAAAGUCAGGUCGCGUCAACGAUAACUGCACAGUUGUUACUACAAUUACACGUUUAUCACAUCGAGCCUAACCUAAUGGCUUGUUGCAGUCCACAAACGUGGCACAAAUCAAUAUCGAACUUAAAAGUUGCCCGUGACUGGAAGUCAAGGAAGUAUACGACAUCCGGUCCUCAGUUGUUAAUCGCCUCAAGGCAGCACGCGCAUGGCAAAUACAGAAAUUUGCAUUUUACAACCGGUCUUGAUUGGUUACCCCUUUGAAUGUGAGUUUUAAUCCAUUUGUGGGUCACUUGAGAACGGGGACCGUUUUCGUGAAAGGAACAUUUCAGUACUUUAGGACUUGGAAUAAAUUCAGGUAAAGUAAACUGAGGCACGCUACAAAUUAAGAUAGCGAACUACAAUCAGACUUGCAGUGAUUGUUCACCGCUAGGGAACUGACUGCUGUAUAGUAUUGUGGUUUAAUUUUCUUCUCGGUUUCAAACUCUUUUUGGUGGAAAUUAAAAAUUUAAACCAAGGGUAAGAUUGAGCCACACAAUGUACACCAUGUUUACCGUUAAAAAACUAUCUCAGAACGACGUAACUACAAAAAACAAACAAACAAACAACAACCAGUUGCAGAUCAUUACAUGGCAUACGCGAAAGUGUAUUUACACACAGUACAUUAGAACGUUUACUUGCUUACAUUAGGUUUUUGCAACCAGUUAACAUGUUUGAUGUGACCAGUCAGCCAGUAAGAAGGUGGACAUAAUAAUCUAGGAAAAGUUGAUGUAGUUUUGUGAUUCUUGUCGCAUGGAUUUGGGUCGGAAGACCGACUGACAGAGUCUCUUUCGCAUUCAGUGAAUACGCUGGGUCAAUACUACACAUCGCACAUCACCAUACUUAUGUUAACCACUUUCUUCGUCAUUAUCAUCGUCAUUCUCGUCCUCAAGCUUAGCUGGAAGGCGGAUGUGUCAGCCGUCAUUCACAUGCGGAAAAAGGUAGCUCCAGUAUGUUUCUGUAUUUAAUCAAAUCUUGUGGGCAUGCUAAUUUGUUGGGGAUGUUCUAAUACACAUGAAUAAAGCGCAAGCUAAUUUGUUGGGGUGUUCAAAAUAUGUGAAUGAAAGGUAUCUUAGUGGGGGAGAAAGUGUAAGGGAUUCACCGAUUGGUGUAAAUCGUAUUAAAUUUUAAAUACAGAGCCAGUAUGGUAGAGAAUGGAAUACAAUAGAGAACGUUUUCUUUUAAAAUGUCUUAUUUGUUACCCGCAUAUAUAUACGGGCCAGUUUUUAUGAAAAGAUAAGUAGUUGGCAAAUUCUCUUGACAACGUGUUGUUAUUCUUAAUGGGAAAACAAACAAGUCAUGCGGAAGAGGAAUAUUCUUUUAGCCACUCCCCAUGAAAAGGGUAGAUUCCUUGAUAACGUUGUUCAAAUUAUCAAGUUUCCUUUUGGCCUUCAGAGGUAGUAUUUUAUAUGAAUAGAAAUAAGCAUCACUAAAUUUGCAUUUUCUCCCGGUUUAACUAGGAGGAGAUGUGGGCUUCCUCUUCAUAAUACUUUUUUUCCAGGUACCAUUGCUUUCGUAAAUCCUUUCUUUUCACAAUUCGUUAAGAAAUAUGUGUAUUUUAAAGUACAAUUUGCAGUUUGCUUAUUGUUCUCUCUUUUACGUGCAUGUGAGCCGCCUGACUACCGCUUUACAAAUGACUAACUGCGUAGUGUGUUUUUUGAAAAAGAAACUAAAAUGACAAAAAGGCAACUUAUUAAAAUGUAGAGUAAACAGAACCAAAUUCUAUUAAGCAGACGUUUUUGCUUCUUGUGAAUGCUUUUGAAGCGAUUCUAGACAAGUGUUCUUUGCAUAAAAGUGAUUAGCUGUCAUGUUUCUUCAAUAUUACGCGCUGCAUUUUGUCAAUUUUUGCAUAAAAAGUCAAUCAAGAUGCCGACCAUUAGAGAAAGCUAUCUGUGGUUUUACAGAAAAUGUCUCUACAAGUCCUUGCUUAAAUUGAAUGAACAGCAAACGAUAUUACUAAUAAUGCUACAGUAUUAGAGCUGUUUAUUUGAUCUUUCGGUGCCUGUUAUAUUGAUUAUCUCCACUUCAGCCGGAUGGGCAUCUGUGCGGAAUUCCUUGUUUGCCCUUUCGCGGCAGUAAGUAUACUUUACUUUGAAAAACAUUUUCCUUAAGUCUACAGUAGUUAGUGUGUGUUUGCGUUAAGCGACCGGCACGUUAUAUGAGUGUUUAAUUCCUGACAACUAAGAAUAAGUAACAGCUAACGGCCCGAUACGAGGGGUUAUGCGAUAUGUACAUAUAUAUUAACCAAUAGCGCAGCCACCGGCUUAUUGUGAUAUAUACGCAAUGUCGUAGAUUAUCAUCUCUGUCAGAGUUAAAACAUCGUCCUUUUAAGAUGAUUAGAAACAUUUAAUGCAGUCUCAAAAAGUCUCCUUUGUGCGGCCCUGAUCAUUUCCUUCUUUUACGUUUAACCUUUGCCUUGGUGUAAAAUUUUAACCUCGGCGGUGGGAGAAAUGCGUAAUGAUCCUCAUUUCGCCAGCUUGAGGCAAAAAAGAAGAAAACAUUCUCGAGUACAUGAAAGGAUUCGGUUUUGGGGGGGUUCAAACGGUCGAAUCCUUCGGGGGUCUCCAGAAAUUUUCUUUCUCUACUCUCGUAAAAUGACGAUUAUUUUAUUUUAUUCUUCAUUUUCUUUUGUUGUUAUGAGGAGUUGACAUCGCGGAUAGAGGGGAGGGGACUAUUAUUUCGUAAUGUAUAUAUUGUGGUCCAAUUUUAUCCUUAGUAGCCUGCGAACAGCAGACGUUUCUCCUCGCUCAUCGCCGCUGAAGGACGUUUCGCGAGGAGGAGGAGGAUUCGUUUCGUUCCUCCACGUGAAACCUCCCUCAGCGGCGAUGAGCGAGGAGAAACGUCUGCCCGUUCGCAGGGUAUAUCCUUAGUUGAAAUUUUAUUUUCGUUUGUUUUUUUGAUUAUAAAUUGUCAUGCUCGCAAACAAAGGAAGCCUAAUUUAUACCAAGAGUGAACUAGUCCUGUUCUCGUCAUACUAUACGAGCGAAUUUUACCACCAAUCCUUGUUUUGAAAUUGUACAGUUGCAAAGAACUCCCAAGGCAUUGCAGUUUAAAAUAAUACCCAUGUACAUGUGCAUACAAUGAAACUGCGAAGAAUUUGCUAAUAAACGAUGCUUGGUCUUAAACUUUGCCCGUCUGACUAAGGUUGCAUUCGUUUUAGCCAAUCUAAAUCCGGAUUUUGCUGUCGAAAAUUCGAUUUUUUGUUCCUUUAAGGACCAAACCAAUCUAAGAUUGCAAUCCGAACGAUCUACCUCUGAACGUGGAUCGUUUAGAUUGGUAUCUCAAUCUGGUUUCAGAUCUUUGUUCCAUUUAAUGAAACUGCUUUUCGAUCGCAAAAACGUGCUCGUUCAUCAGUAAACACGGCGGGUCAAGGUUAGUUCAGGCAAAAGUUAUUCAUAUUCUCCCGUUGUUCUAUGCCGCUAAAGGAUUGUAGCAUAUUUAACUCAAGUUCCACUGUCACUCUAAAUCCGUUAGGAAGUGAAAACGCUUAGGUAUUCUCACUGUAAAACUAUACUGUCCAAUGUCUGUUUGUGUUUAGAACGCGCUUCUCAGCGAUUGAGAAUUCGUAAUUGUCUUCAGAAUUUUCUUGAAUCAAAUUCCAGCCGAAUUUUAAGUUGAUGAGUUCCCGUAUGAACCACCACUAGUUAAAGAGCUAAUUUUCUUUCCGUUUCUCCACGAGAAGAUGCUUUUAGCAGAAAGAAGUAAAAAACGAUGCGUUGAAAUUGUGAAGAAGAUCGGAGCAGCAGGCUGCUGCUGUAUGCAUCAAUCUUACUUCAGAUUUUUGUUCCGGCUAGCACGAAAAUCCUAACAAUCUGGAUUGUCCAAAUCCGAAAAAAGUUUGGUUAAAAGGAAUGUAACUUCGAAGUCAUGCAUAAGGGCCAUUGAACCACAAUAUAAUACGUGCCAUUAACUUGUUUUCUGUGCAUUUAAUGAAGAAACCAAAAACAAGCGCAUAAAUGUUUAUAGGUGUAUAUAUGUAUUAAUACAAGGUUAUUUUAAUGUCCUUUUGGUCAGUUAAGUGUCACUAAGCAUUUCCAAGCAACUGCAUGUUAUAGUCAAGCAGACCAUCGAUAUUCAUUCCGAUAAACGCAAUUCGCUUAAUCGAUGCUACGCCCCCCGCCCCCCCAUAGACUAGAUAUUUCAGUGUUGCCACGGUCAGGGAAAAACGAAAAUUUGUCAAGGUGAGGGAAAAGUGAGGGAAUUCUGUUUUCCGGUUUGUAGUUCAUGAGUUUUCUUCAACACUUGGUAGUGGUUGUUAUUGUGAAUGCUUUCUUCCAAAUUCCUUCCUCCUCUUUCCGCUUCCAUUCUCUUUCGCGGAAAGAGGUUGAAAAUGAAGAGAAAAAUACCAAUGGCCCGCCAAAAAAGCUAAAGCGAAUGUAAACGUCGAUUGUUUCUCAGUAAUAAAAGGUCAGUGAAAAGUCGGGGAGAAGUCAGGGAAUUUUUAACUUUCUGAUGAGUGGGCACCCUGUAUUUAGUUAUCGACAACCUUUAGUUGUUAUCGUUAAUUACUAAAAAGUAUCGACAGCUUUUGGUAGUCGGUAGGGGUUUACCACACACCGGAGGAUUAAGUGUAUGUUCACGCUAAUACCGGAUAGCUCGAUAUCCCGCGGUAUAGCAGUGAUUUUGUUGCAAUUAGUUAUGUAGCCUGUUCCAGACUCCAAGAUAGUGGCGAAAAGUCGUUCAGUCAAAAGGUGUUAACAAAAAUGCGAAAAACGCGCGGGGGCUGGGGAGAGACAACCCACUUUCCCAAGUCUCGCGCGCCUUAUUUUCGCUCUGCUCGUUUUAAUACGUCACCACUAUACUAUCUGAGAGCCUGGCACAGGCUGAUGGUUAUGGUGAGUCCUGGGACUCAUUUUGUGAAAAAUCAUGUGUCCCAGUCUAGAACCAAUGAGUCCUAGGUCAAAAAAAGCAACGAAUCCCAAAUUGAAAAUGCUUAGGCCUUUAUGUAACCAGACAGUUAAUCUGAAGACGGACUCCAAAACUCUUUGCUACAGUAUACCGAAAUUAAAAUAUAGUCCUUCUAUUUUAAAGCACAACAAAGGCUAACAGAAAUAUGCAUCGUUUAACAACAGCCGUAACAACUGCCACAGAAAUUACACGAAAAGGAUAUUUCUAAAAAAACACAUGGAUCUAUCGGUCGAUCUUCGCGUCGUACGGGACGCAUGCACGAAUUAUUUUGCAUCUUUUAAGGAUUUUUAUGCGUCAGGGACGCGGGACGCGGGACGCGGGACGCAGAAGUAACAAAAUCACUGAUAUAGUAUAACAUCCAUCCGGUAUUAAAUCUCGGGUCAAUUCAGGUUCCUGGGAAACUGCCCACCUACCCCUCCUCUAUUCCAACAUUUUGCCCUAAGUGAGAAGUAAGUGUUGAUAUUGACUUAGGGGAGGGGUAGGUGGGCAGUUUUCCAGAAACCUAAAUUGAUGGUAACUCUCUGCUUUAGGAGGGUCCCCAAUACACAGGAAAAAAUAACGGAUUCCCAAAUUUGGAUAUUUUAGGGUAUUUAAAAAAAUACCCAUAAAAAUCCCAGAUUUGGCAAAGUGAGACAAGUCCCAACCACUCUUCCAAAUUUAAGAUUUUUGUGGGUAUUCUUUAAAUACCCUAAAAUAUCCAAAAAUGGGAAUCCGUUAUUUUUUCCUGUGAUAGGGUCCUUCAAUCUUCAAUCAUACUCUUGUGUAUUUUAUAAGUGCAAGAGUAUGACAGAGACGGAAGAUGUUAAAUUUAGUGCCAAGUGCUUAUUCGAGGUGAAAUUAGCCUCCCCUGACGCAUUCGGUUCCUCUUAGUUAUAGAGUAACUCCUUUGUUAAGCAAACUUGUUCGAUCAAGAUGGCUGGAUGAUGGCCUUGUUCUUAUUUUCCAUUGUUAUGUUACUCACAAUUAACCGCCCCCCCCCCCCAAAAAAAAAAAAAAAAAAAAAAAAAAAAUAAAAAUAGAGUGUGAGCCAUAUGUAGACAUCUUGGCCUCAUGUUUGGACACUUACGCACAGAUGUGUAUGAUAAGGACAGAAUAUUUUUUUUAUUUGUUUUAUUAGUUGUUCGUUUUCAACUUCUUAGGACUAUAGCAAGCGCAGGGAUACUUUCCAGCAACUAUUUCUUUCCUUGUAUUUCUUACUUUCUUGAAAUGUUUUUCAAUAACUAGAUUCUACUGAGGUUAAAUCAAGCUACGUAUGUGUAUGAGGUAAAGAAACAAUACAUUUAUUCCAGGGGGGAAAAUUAAUCAGACCGCCUAGAUACACUACCCUGGCGAGGUAUGCUUUUCUUGAUUAGCUUAUUUUUCGUUCUCCUAAACAGUUCAUAAGGAGUAAUUUGCAAUAGCAGUCCGGCCAUCCAUGUUUCACAGUAAACGCAGGUUUUUUUUUAAAUGCCCCCUUUCUUAAAGUGCAAAUCUUUUUUUUUAAUAUUGAUAUUCCUUUCUUAAAGUUUCGCAAUUAAGCCGAUAACACGUAGAGCGGAAUGUUGUUCUUGUCCUACUAUUACGGUUCUCGACCUUUUUUGCCAUCCUUUAAGAGCAAUUUCACGACCAACUAGUUUCUGUAUUUAAUAGCUACUUGAACGAUUGAAAGAAAAAAAGGGGUCCUCAUAACGGCGAAUUCCUUUUUUUUUUUUCCUUCAUUAUUGUCUUGUAACCAGCAAGACGUGAAAUUUGUGCAGAAAAACAUGUUCAAGUUGGUUAUACUCUUUGUUUGAAUAGUUGCAGGUUUGGUUGAUUAAGUCGAAAUAAGGCAUUUAAAAUCUGAUGGUUUCGCUUCAUCGUGAAUAUAGACCUUGGUUUGCCGCUGUUUGCCCGAUAUUGAAAUGUAAAUUAGGUUUGUUGUGGUUAGCAAUAAUCUUUUCGUCUUAGUCAUGGGCUUGUUCUUGCCAUGGGAUUCUAACGUUAUGUCUAAGCAUGCACCGGUUUUUUUGUUUAACAAUAAGACAGUCAAUUGUUUUCCUGGCGUAAGUUAAAUUUGAGAUCUACUGAGUCAUCAUGUCAUUUGAAUCAUGGAAAAUACACGCUGAAGGAUUCAAACAAUCUGGAUUUCUAUUACGGGUAGGAGUUUGUUGUUUUCUAUUGACGUUAGCUUGAUCACUUUGCUAGUUGAUGAAAAGAAAGUCUUCUGCUGCACAAAUCAAUUGCACAGGCAUUCAAAGUCAUUAUGGUCUAGUUUCCAUAAGGACCGUUUUAUUGACAUACACUCUUUUUUUUUUAUAAGAACCUUUUUUAUAAGAACGUUGAGGCUGAGAUUGACCCAAAUUUUAAGAACGUAUUAAGAACAUUCCUCAGGCUGAGAGUAGAUUAAGAAUGUUUUUAUUUUUCUCACUGUACAUUAAACGACAGGCAAAAAAAUAAAUGUACAAAAAUGUAAAUUGACCCAAAUACUAAAGGGCAUUUUUGUGUAACAAAGGUUUUCAUUGCAUGGUUCUUAUAAUGUUCCAAAAACGCCAUCAAGUUUCAACGCCAUCAAGACCGUUUUAUUGACAUAAAUCGUUAAAAAAUGAGUUCAGCCUCGGCAUCAAAAUAAAAAAAAAAAAAAGUUUCUUUCUUCUUGAUUCGUGCCAGCAACAUGAAAUGUACAGUCCUGUGUCGGGACAAGAAAUCGAUAAUUUUUAUUUCAUUCAUUAAUGUGAUGUGUUGUUAAAUAUAAGUCUCUUAUCAGCAUCAUCAUCAUCAUCAUUAGUAUUAUUAUUUAUUUUGAGCAUGUAUACUGUAAAUGUGCACAGAAAAAAGAAGAAUGGAAUACAAAACAGUCUUGAUACAAGUACAAAAUAUGCCACUGCUUGGCAUGUUUCUGAACAUUAGAUGAGUUAACCUCAUACAGUGACUUUGUUGGCGGGAGCCCAAAAUGUCGCUCUUUUUAGAAGUAAAUAAUGUUGAAUGACAACAAAUGUCCUGCGGUCAUUUGCUAAAAAAAACCACAUAAUUAUUAAAUAACAAAACUGCACCAUUAUUUUUGGAAUUCGUUUGAUGCGAAGUCACGUUUUAGCAUAGCAUAUAGCGCGACAUGGACCCCCUUAAGCUGUAGGCCGCGAGAAACCACCAUUCAAUUCUGGACAUAAUCGUAAACUCCCUUUCUGCACAUCAAAACUUUCAGCAAUAGAUUUUAAAUACCUCUAAACGUGAUGGUCGCAAAGCAUGACGGGAUUGCACUAAAAUCGAACAAGCAAUUCAUGUGGUUUAGUUGGAAAAAUUGAAUAAGCGCUUACCAUUUGUAUGGAAAACCCCGUAUUUCCGGUAAGAAUUCGAAUGAAACAGUUCAUCCCCUUGGAAUUUUUCGGGUAAAAAGAUAUUACCUUCCGAGAUACAUGUUUCACCUUUUUUACCGCUUUUACCGAAACGACCAAAAAUUUUCUGUACCAUUGGUGUGAAUUACCAGUACCACCGGGCUUUCUUCUCGCGAGAAAACCCGAAAAAUUUUACCGGUAUUUUGUAAAUGGUACAACUCAAUCCCAUUCAUGUUUUCGAUGCGGAAAAAGAUAAUAAUAAUAAUAAAAAUUCCAGUACCAUUCGUCGGAAAAUUUUGAUCGAUAUUUCAGUUCACGUCUUAUUUUCUGUUGUUGCGUACGGAAGUUAGUCUCCCUCGCAGCCGUUUUUGUCUCGUCACGUAACGCUCCUCGCACGUAACGCUCUUCCUCAACAUGAGGAGGAGGAGUAGGAUAUUGGGGAGGAGCGUUGCGUGACGAGAAACGGCUGGAAUGGAGACUAUAUGGAAAUAGACCAGUCUAUUAAUUAUAAGAUUAAUAUUAAUAUCAUUCUAUGUUAAUGAUGAUAACACGACACGAUCUUGCUCUCCAUUUACCAUCAGGGAUGAUUUUUUUAAAAUAUCUACGUUUGUUUUUCUGCCUUAAUGUUAAGCGAGCGAAACCCACUUAGCAUUACAUUUCCUGAAUUUGAAACAUACAUUACUGCUCAGCAGUUUAAUCUAUCCUUUUUUGACGUUUACCUCCGGUUCAAAACCACGAUUUUGUCGAGAUUUUCAUACAAGUUAGAAUAAUAAAUGUAUGGUUGCGAUAAUUCCUCAUUGUUUUUGUAUGUUUUUGCGACCAUGAUAUAUUUUGAAGCCGAAUAUUUAUAUUUUGAAGCAGAUGUCUCUUAAAAAACACCUGCCAUUUAACCACUUCGUUUGAACUUACUCAGCACGUACUUAGCAAUAUAUUUUUUAACCUCGUGUGAUUUACAAGAUAUCGCUACAAAAAGCUACAGUUUGAUUGUUCACAACACGAGAAGCCUCGUCUAUCAUUGAUUGAUUGUUUUUGGAAAUUUGUUUUAAUCAUUUUUCCGAUAAGCUAUAGCUUGACUCAGCGACCUGGUCACGCACGUCUUAAAGAAGAUUAAGAAUUGUUUACAUUUGGUUGAAAAUGUGCUAACUGUCUCCUAGUGAUACACUUUGAGUUUCCAACACAUCUCCAUUUUAAGUUUCGUGCAUUGAUCACGAUGAAACUUGGUCUUUUAAUAUACCGCCUGUAUUCAGUCCAGAAACCAAGCUGAACCAUUUAUUUAAUGUAUUAUUAAUAAGAAAUAAUACAGCUUCAGCUUUGCUUAGUAUGUAAGGCAAGAACUGGAAAUUUAUUUUAUUUUAUCGUUAAAUCUUCUGUAGAACAUUUUAAAAACUUUCCUUUGGAAACCUGUGCAAGGAUAUUUAAUUUAGAUUGUCAGAUUUAGUUGAGAUUCAUAUCUGCAACUGACUUUAUAUUUUUUACGAUUGGAAGAAUAAACCCUUAGCAAAAUCGGCGACCUUUGUCAAAAUUUUGGUGAUAUUUACAAACGAAAAAAUUUGUGAGGAUUUUAAAGGACCUUUCGAGUUUUCAAACGUAUGUUUAGUUUUUCGGCAUAUGCAAAUUCAAACGACAAGCGAUAUUUGCUGCUAUACUCGCUUGACACCUGUUCCGUUUUUUGAAGACUUCUGCGUGUUAGUCUGAGGACCAAUAAAAUGUCCAAUCGAUUGUUAAGGUAUUAUAUGUUUUGCUCACGUUUUCACUUGUGAAAUUUACUUAAUAAUUUUUUGUUGCCAUGAUGCGGACAUCUUCGAUAAUCUCGUUUCUCCUGGCUGGUUCAGUAUUCCAGACGGCUUACGAAUAAGACAUAAAGACGUAAAGUUAUUGAAUGGUAUAGUUUUUUUUUUUCAAAAUAAGGUAGGUCCACAGAAUAUUUUACACUGAGAUCCAGACAUUUAUUCACUGUCAUUUGCACUUUCUACUUACGCUUUCUAAUUUAUGGCUGUAAUUUGUAAGUAUAACACAUAUUCCGAAUUUCCUUUAUUAGCUUUGAUGCAAUUGUUGUUUUAAGCUGGCGCUACAGACGUUCAUUCCGUGUAAGGACGAUUUUUGAUUUGCGCAAGGUCGACUGAAGUGGGCGACAAGCGGAAGCAGACAAGUUUCCACCGCUGUUGACUAGCUCAAGUUUUAAAAUUAGCUUGAAAAAUAACAACUGAUAACGGAGCGAAUCAUUGCGUAAAAAAAAUUUACGAGCACUGUCACAAAGUGUUCGCUUUUAGAGCAGAAUUGUUAUUUCGCGAAAACUGUCAGUGAAAAAUUGAUGAGCAGAAGAUACCGCUCGAAUCCAUUUGACAAGAAUCAACGCAAACGUUAUCAGGACAAGACUACCGAAUAUAUCUGAAAGUGUGCAGAUUCAGCCCAUUUUGAAUGGUCAAGACCGUGAACUAACACAGCUGCUGGAAAAAAAAAUAAGCAUUUCUCUUAAACCCUUCAGUGGUUAGAUUUAUGUUGUGAUAAGCAAAAGCGUUGUGCCAUUGUAAUUAUUGAAAAUAACAACACUACACCUGAUAAUUAUCAGGUCACUUUCUUUCAUGUACGUUGCAAUUUAUUCGAAAGUGAUGAUUCAUAAUGCGAUGAUUAACAUUGGGGAAAACAAAUUUACCCGCUGUGUUUAAGAGGGAUUGUUUUGUGGUCACGGAAGUCGCUAAAAUCUCCAACAAAUGUGGGGUGGUUUUCAUUAGAAAACGUCUUGGCGUAUAAAACUAGCUUUUAUUAAAAGUAAUCACACCUCCAUAUUCCACUUUGUAAGGUGCUCGGCACUGUUCUUUUCCAUUUAAACUUUACCAAAAGAAUACCACUUGUAGAAGUAUUAUUUCAUAGCCCGUUGGUCUUCUUUGGGUGGUAGUAGGGGUAGUGUUGGAAAUAGUAGCGAUGUCUUAAGAUACAAACUCUAGCACAGACGUAAAUUUAGAAAUCCAAAGAAUAUAUUCGCAAGAAGAAGCUACAAAAAACAGUUCAAACUGGUUAUUUUGUGCCAACUAAAAACUGAGUUAGGGCUUUCCACAAUGGCAACUGAGGGAGAGUCGACUGUAUAAUCGUCGUCAUUAUCAAAUUCUCCGUGAAAACAUUAGUCGGAAGGUUUCACUCCGAUUUGUGCGAGUUAUAAUUUUGCGUGAAGUAUCGGUGUAUUUUUUUAGGUUCGUCACACUGAUUUCUGGCCUGCGGUCUGAUUCAUUGGAAAACACGCAGUAUUAUUACUUUAAUUGUCAUGUAUACAUACGGCAAGUGUGUUUACAUCAUAUUGACAAUUAUGCCUUACUUUUGCGCAAAUGCACCGAAAACCGAGAUGAUUUUUAUUGUUAUUUUCUUUUCAUUACGACUGAAACAAGAAGCAAUAUACGCGCCUGUUUGGCACACUGGUGAUUAGGUGAUGCAUGUAGCACAGGCCUAAUUGCUAAUACCGGGGUAACUUUGAAUAUAAGGUGGAACUGAGUAUUGGCGUUGAAAUGAUAAAUUAUGUACUGACCUAAGUGCUGCCCCUUUUACUACCGAAGAUGGCUAAAGUCCAAAUUCAGCAAAAUUGCGAAAUAAGAUGUUGAAAAAUGCAAAUAGUGCCAUGUGACAGUAAUGCUGAAGAGAUUUCUUUUGAAUGGUCACACCAUAGGAUUUCAUCCACAGACUCGAAAGUUAAAACUACAUACGAAACAAAUAAUACCAUGUGAAAGUCCGGCUGAAGAGGUUUCUUUUGAAUGGUCACACUAUAGGAUUUCAUCCACAGACUGGAAAGUUAAAACCACAUACGAAACAAAUAAUACCAUGCGAAAGUCCGGCUGAAGAGGUUUCUUUUGAAUGGUCACACUAUAGGAUUUCAUCCACAGACUGGAAAGUUAAAACCACAUACGAAACAAAUAAUACCAUGCGAAAGUCCGGCUGAAGAGGUUUCAUUUGAAUGGUCACACCAUAGGAUUUCAUCCACAGACUCGAAAGUUAAAACUACAUACUAAACAAAUAAUACCAUGUGAAAGUCCGGCUGAAGAGGUUUCGUUUGAAUGGUCACACCAUAGGAUUUCAUCCACAGACUCAAAAGUUAAAACUAUGUACAAAACAAAUAGCACCAUGUGAAAGUACAGCUGAAGAGGUUUCAUUUAAAUGGUCACAUUAUAAGAAUAGGUCACUUGCACUAAGAGGUCACGUGACCAAUGCUUCCUUUAAACAGUGAGUUGGAAUCUUGCUGAUGCCAAAAAUUGACGGAGCACAUAAAAAUUAUCUUACACCCAAAAUUUGAGAGGAAACGCAUUUAAGGGAGACAUUUUAUGAAACUUUGAACUUUCAACAAAGGAGUAUCAUUUGUAUUGGCCGUCAUGUUGGAGGGCAUACUCUUGCCCUCCAACAUGGCGGCCAGAACUGCUUUUUGCGUAGAUCUUGUUAACGUUUGAUAGUUACGCUCAGAUGUGUUGUAAACGUUCCCACACCACCUUUUCAACAUUUUUCUUGACGUUUAAGCGCAAAAUAUGUGUUCGGAAAGAGCUAAUUCAUAAUGUUAAAAAUCACAUUCACAUAAUCGUUUUUGAAGAAAAAAUCACAUAACUUUCAUUUUCACAAAAACGAUGUCACAUGACCUCUUAGUGCAAAUGGCUUAUUCAUCCACAGAAUCAAAAGUUAGAACUACAUUCUAAAUAAAUAAAAUAGUACCAUUUGAAAGUAUUGCUGAAGAGCGUGUAAAGCUAAAAGAGGUUUUACGUGAAUGGUCAUACCGUAGGGUUCUGUUCAAAGACUCCAAAGUUAGAACACCUUAUUAGAGACUCUAUCAUUUAGCUCUAGUCGUGGACGGGUUAAAGCUAGCAUUGUAGUCGUAGCGCUAAGACAUGCCAUUAUCCAGAAAUCAAUAUGGUCUCCACCAACGAAAGGAAACCUUUGACCGUUGAUACAUUCCCUUCUUGCUGGGGUAAACUAAGUUCUUCCAGUCGAACUGCGGGACAUAGUUUAGAAAAAACUAUUUGCUGAUUAGACUUGUUAUUUUUGCAAAACCUCACAAUGCGAAUGUCUCAAGUGAUCAUUACCAAGUGCGCAUGCACACGAUCAUACAUCCAGUUAAUUUGAGAUUUUAUCCAGGUAUAUGGUACUGUGAUUUCACGCUAACACUUGCGAGCAAAAUUGACAGCAUAUGUUAAUACAGGGUAGCCAGUUGCUCUUGCGUCCUGUCGCCAUCACUAGAAUUUCUUAUGCUUAUUUUCCCCAUUUUUACGGCUUUGUUUUUCUUUCCACCUUCGUCAUCAUUCUUUCCUUGACGUCAGUGACAGUUUGCCUGCACACGUUAAAAAUUUUCCGUUUUUAUUCUGCUAUGACGAGGGAAUUACUUUUAGGACAAACUAAAAGGAGUUUUAUGCGCGAUGAAAAUUUUGCAUUCAGCUUAUAGAAGUACCCAAGAGUGAUUAAAGAAUCAUAUCUGCCAAUAGAAUACAAAAUGGGCGAAAAAAACGGCUGUCGCUUACGAGGGCGAUAUUUCGUCAAGUGUCACGUGACUGAGCAACAUACGAUUUUUUAUUUUUUGAUUUAAGCGGGGGCCGGCCUCUCAGGCCUCUCUGGAGACACUACUGUGAACGAGAUCGCGAUACGCCGAUCACCCUACGUGUUUCGCUAAGUUUGCGUGAUAACUGAAGUUAUUGAUCAAGUGUACUAAGGAAUAUGUUACCCCAGGGUUGGCGAAGUACUGUCAGUGUCUGACUUGUCGACCGAUAUUGUCUAGGCGAAUGUCGUUUUUAGAAUGUAUGAGCCGGUUUGUUUACCGGGAUUUAGGCCCAGCGAUACGAAGGUAAUCAAUUAUUCAAACUCUCAAAAUAGAUGUCAGUUAAAGUCUCGGGGCUUCAAUGAAUCUCCCUGGGAUGAAUAACUUAAUAUUUUAUUAAAUAGUUUUUCUAAUUCCUUUCGAUGAUCUGUGCAUAUUUCGCCCACUACUGUUUUUAACGGCGUGAUGAAAGGUAGCCUUGUGAAAAAGAAAACCGCACUCCUAGUAAGGUCCAUUAGCAGUGGUGGUGUCGUGUGUUUUGACAACUAAGCAAUGAGUAUAGUCUAAGUGCGCCAAACCGCAGAACCUUGAGACGUUGGCUGCAUAUGAAUAUUUGACUUACUCUGUCGAGUUUUUUCCAACUUCUUGUCCGUGGCAUAUCGCGGUCAGUUGUAGGUUAACGCAGGGAUGGUAAGAUAUAUCUUGUGGUUAAAGAACGGAGAGGUCUUCUAGCUUACCUUAAAACACCACAUUUAUCUUCUUUAUCAGAAGCUUCACCAAGACCGCACCGAAGUCUCUUUUUUUUUCGUUUCGGAAAUGUUUGGAAGUUAAAUGCUUAUCGAUUUCGAGGAUUCAAAUAAGUAAAUGUCAUGCCCAAUACGGCGACUGUCAAACGUAGUGUUCGUUUAAUAUUUGCCAUUUGCGCCGAGGUUAGCUUUCCGAGAGCGCUCUACAAGCAUUUACACUGUACUCAUUGUUUAAUUUUUGACUCAUUUUCAUUGCACUCUAAUAUGACAUUGUUUACUUCUUGCAGAUUAUGGCAGCGUUCAAAAGAUGGCGUUCGAAAUACAAGCGUUACAAGAGCCAAAUACCUGCGCAAAUGAGAAACAGGAUAAUCUUACAUUAUGGACUGUUUAAAAUAACCUGGGAUUGGGUGAUCCUUAUAAUGGUGCUCUACACAGCCAUAGAGGUGCCUUUCGUCUCCGCAUUUGUGUUAACACCAAAACCUGAUGACGAACAACUUGGAGAUAAUGCAACAAGCAAAAGUAAGCUACCAAAUUUAAAUAUGAUGACUUGAGUGUUUCCCACAGAAUUAGAUCUCUAAGCCGUUACGGGUAAAGAAUUGUUUCAUUCCCCGACACUCGGAGAGCCAAAUAUGGAGCUACUUCGAGCAUUCUGAGUGCGCAAACGAAAUCUUGUGAUGUGACAAUUCAUAUCGGAAACCUCCACACAAGCUGCAGUUUCACAUGCUAUUCACUCUUUUUUUGUAAAUUUUUUGAAAUAAAUAAAUGAGGCUUGAACGGGAUUUUAUAGACAGUUCAUUCUAAACAUUUUGAACUUGAAACUUAAGUCACGGUGACGCCUUCAAGUCGUCGAUCGAUUUUGUCUCGCCGACCGGUUUUACCAUGCUUGCCACUAGAUUUUCGUUAAUGAUACAAAUUUUUCUCCAGUUUCAUUCAGGGAAAUAUCUGUUGGAAACUAAACUGAAUACAUUAUGAAACAAUUGAUAGUUUUGCACCUUGAGAAACAAUUUUCAAUUGACAUUUCUUUUGCGAAUAAGCUCACCAUGACUCUAUUCCGUCCAGUUUCAGUUUGAAAGUCGGGUGUUAGUUCUUGUGUUUUGUUGUUGUCGGUUUGUCUUUUUUGCUAUAUACAGCGAUUGAAAUGGGUUGGCAAGCAAGUAGACUCUCCGCGGAGUCGGGCUCUAUCUUUCCUAUAGUUAUCAUAUGUCAGUAGUGAAAGAUAAGGAGGCUGGAAGAGUACCCAGGGGUCGACGACUGUCUAGCUCAAAAAUGUUAAGCCGAUUCAGUAUGCUUUACACUAAAUGGCAACAAUCUUGUGUAAAAUGUGCUGGGGAAAAAUAAAAUCGUUGUCGACCAUUCUUGAGACUGUAAUAUAAUCCUCGAUUUUUUGUGUUGGCUUACGACCACUAACUUGUAGGUAUCUUUCUAAAUUAGCGCCGCAUGUUUACGACCUAAAUUAUUCAUCCUCUGCCUUAAUACCAUUUACGUGAAUGGUAUCGCUGUGGGAUUUCAUUCAAAAACGUAAAGCAAGAACUAUCCACUCUUCACAGCACCACAGGGAAGGACUGAUCAGUGACCAUCAUUUGAAUGGUCAUACGACAAGAUUUUAUCUGCACCGACUCUGAGAUUAGAAACACACUGAACACACAUUAAGUCCGAAGUCAGAGCGAAGAAAGCUAUAUAUAGGAAGCUUAAUUUGCAUGGACAUCCGGUUUUUUGAAUACAACCUGAAAGAUAAGCUUUAAUUUUCGUCACAGUUUUAGCAAAAGAAUUGUGGUUCACAAUGAGGCAUUACUUUUUUAAACAAACUGACAAGACUGUGAAAGAAUUAACAAAGAAAGGACUAUUUCAAAAGCAUUUUCAAUAAACGUGUUGUUUUAUGAAACGUUAAUCGUUGCAGGUGAAAAGUGUUUUAUUGUAGAAACUUAAUGAAUCGUCGUUAAUAACCGAUAUUAGUGACAUCUUUUUUAAUCGUAGUUUUUAUUAGUUUUUGAUAACAACUUUGCCGAAACUUGCUUGUGAAGCACUUUGUUUUUCAUUUUUACUUGGAAAUAAGAAAAGCUUUGGUUUCUGUUACAAUGAAAAAGGCCCGGUCAAAUAUCACUUAAAGCACUUUACAGCACUAUUGUUUGUAUUUUAAUUACAAAUUUUUAACUAAGCAUGUGAAAAUUUUGUCGAAUAGCAACUUAAAGUUUUUUGUUAACUUUCUUGGCAUAUCAUUUUGAAAAAAAAAAAAAUACUGAUUUGACAUUUAAAAUAUGAAAAAAAUAUUAUAGCUAAUAACCUUCAUUUUAAGCAUGUAAGCUUACAAAAUAUUAUCAUAUACGUUGUGUGUUCCCUCUUUUAUGCGGUGUAAAUUUGCAUUAGGCAUUUAGAGAUAAACAGUCGCCCUUAGUUAUGAGCUCAUUACUAAAGCAUUUCCUUUGUCUCACAACAGAAUUUUUCGACUCUUACUAGCCGCUACGCAUUUCACUUGAAAGUAGGAAACGACGGUUAUAAGAUGCAGUCAAUCUAUCUUAUCUGAAAUCUUGAUUUUAUUUUGAGCUGCCUAAUUACAACUGUUUUUAUAUAGUCAGGGCAUUGCCACCUGCGCCUGGCUCGGUACCCUUUACAAAAUGUUAAUGAAAUAAUGCCACACGCAAUAUGGCUUAAAACUUAAAGGUUUCAUCAUGCCUGAAAAUCGUGCCGUGUUGGGGUGAUUAUGGCUUCAAGAAAGGCGCUGUCAGGCCUCCGAAAAAAUAGAAACCUGACUGGCAUAAUCCCUCUUAUUAAUGGGUGACCCAUAUCGACCAGUCGUAUAUUUCACAACUAUUAACUGCUAUGGAGGGGGAGACCUUCUUAGAAAAACGCGGGGAGGGUAAAGAUGUAGGAUGGCAGGAUUUUUUUGUUUUUGUUUUGUUUAGAUUAGGGGGAGGGGGAAGGGAUAUCCAAGUAAUACGGUCCCCCCACCCCCCCUGUACGUACCGAGGCACAGAUCACGUACAACAAAAGAAACGUACAAGAAAGCCAAACUAUGAAGCUCCUAUGAGAACUGUAUUGCUUUUGUGAUGGCGGUACCUGCAGAAAGACCCGGAAUACAUCUUUGGGGGGUGGGGAGAGAAUAGAGACCCAAAGGAAAGACGUUUUUCGAGCGACGCACUUCAAGCGGAAGAGUGGGUUUUGUAUUCUUUGCCAGUUAGUUUUGCCCAAAUUUUCAGACAAUUCGUCUCUUUACGAUUGAAGACGCUUGAACAAUAAAAUUGGGCAUUUUCAGGCAUAAGGGAAAUGGCCUUACUUUUGAGUGACGUGUGUCGCUUAAUAACGCAUUUGCUUUUACCGAAAUAAACUAAACUACCCACGUUUUCAAAAGAAGUUUCAUUCAAGGAAUGCCCUGCUUAACAACAUCGUUGGUACAAACCAGACAUUUCGAUGGUGAACCGUCUUGCUCAGUGGUUUAAAAGCGCUCACCAAGCGUUUUUUUCAAAACCUGCAGAUCACAAAAUACUAGCCUGAGAAAACAGACAGUAUUUUGCGACGCCACCGACAGUUUACCCGCGAAAUGACGUCUGAGAAACGAGCGCAGAAAUUCCAUACUGAUGGCGCGUCACUACCCAGAUCUGGGUAGUGCUUCUGAUUGGUUAAAGCAAAUUUCCCAGGCCUUACGACCAAUGGACCGUUGGUGGCGUCUCAAAAUGUCGUCUGUUUUUUCAGGCUAAAAAUACUGGCUAACAUGCCUAUUGCAGAUAAUUAAUGGCAUUCGGCUUGAUAUUUACGCUAAAGUAUUCAUUUUGAUGAAAAUUCGUGUUAUGUUUCAAGGUAACUGAAACUUAUCAUACACAAAACCAUCCAUAAAAACAUGGGGAAAUUAAGUAAAAACUACGAUAAUAUUGUACCAGACACACACAAAAAACUAUAACAUGACAACGACGAGACAACUUCGUUCCCAGGCCUUCUCCUAUUCACAGAAAGACGAGGGGUCCUGGGUCGAGGUUGGAGUGACAAAAAAUCCGUUCGCUACGUAGCCUAUUCCUGGCUUUUUUCGCUGCUCGCUCCCUUUAUUCAUCCAUCCACACUGACCGGCAGCCUGCACAGGCUAGUAGCUACGCCAUGGCAUUUUAGUUUGAUAUAUUGUCAUGUUUAUUAUCUAUGCAGAUGCCGAUUCAAGUCUGGGUUAUUUUGAGUCAAUCAAACGUCGGAAUCCUGAGGCCUACCCGCUUCUCUACACAGAUCUCAUCAUAGACUUUCUUUUUAUGAUCGACAUUUUGAUGAAUUUCCGCACCACUUACGUCAAAGAGGGCGAGGUGCUGAUUACGAAUCCAUGGAAGAUCGCUGUUCAUUACUUAAAGACUUAUUUUGUGGUGGAUUUGGUAGCCGCUAUUCCCUGGGAUCUGCUGGCCAGUUUCAACUCGGGGACAGAGGAGGUCAGUAGGUCAAGACCUUAAUGCGAUUUUUCUUAUUUUUGCUGAAAUUUGAGAAAAACCCUCGUAUUUAUGUAUGUUAUUUAACAGAAAGGUCAGGGCCAGGGUGCAUAAAGCCUUCUUAAAGGGAACCUCCACUCUUACUACAGAAUAAGUUUAAAUCGAAUAAAAUUAUGUUGAUAAACAAAUUUGUUCGAAAUUUGUCCUAAAAAAAGUGUUUAUAUCAGGAAAAGUGAAUUUUAAAAUCGCUUAUUUUCACUUUCAAAUUUCGCGGGCGCCGCCAUCUUGAAUAAUUGUGACGUGUUACGGUUGCUCUAUUGUUCUGACACAAAGAGCUUUUGUUUAAUAACAAUAGGGCAACCAUUACACGUCACAAUUAUUCAAGAUGGCGACGCCCGCAAAAUUUGAAAACAAAAAUAGGCGAAUCUAAAAGUUAUUUCUUUCGGAGACAAACGCUUUCUUUAAAAAUAUUUUAGAUUGACUUGACUGUAACAGUUAUUUCCUGUGAUUUAAAGUUAUCUGUUUGUUGAAGUGGAGGUUCCCUUUAAGAUAAGAGGGCUCUUAACUUUUGUUCUGGAACAAUAACCUAUUAUUUUGAAAUAAUAGUUACGAGUUCCCUUUAUCUUAAGGUGGUUUUUACAACCCGACCCAGGCACUCACGGUACUGUCCUUACUUUCCUUCCUUCCUUACGUUCUGUUAUAUAAAAGUGACCCCUUAACACAGGUUUGUUGUUGCAUAAAAUAUGAACUAAAUAUGUGCGAGGGAAAUCUAGAGGAGGCAGAGAGGCAGAGCGGUUAGAGCGUUGGACUUGCAAUUCGGAAGCCAAGUCCAGCUCUGACCACUAGCUGGAUUUAUUCACGGUAGCUAGUCCCGAGUUCAAAUCCUCGACCACGCUUGUAAAUAGCCAGCUGGUUUGCCUCUGGCCAGUUGGGAUUCUUAACCCUGUUACGUUUGAUUAUAUUAUUUGAAUCAUUUGUUUCGGUCAUUUUCUCGUCCCCACUAGCAUAAAUACUAUAAUUACUGCCGAGGGUCAAUAAAGGAAUUAAUUAAUUAUUAAAUAAUUAGAUGAGGUGAAAUAGGUAUAAAUAGUUAUUUAGGUGACAAAGUGGAGAUGUGGGAGCAGGUUUCCUAGUAAUUCAUACAUUGCUUUUCAAACCGAUCUAUUUUAAUUAAAUCGACAAUUUUCCUUCGCUACUGUUUUUACGUACCCUAUCAUAUGACAGCGUGCGAGGCUUCUUAGAACACAAUACGUUUUGGCUGUCAAGUAAACCGUUGGAUAGUGGAAGAAGUAGAGACGCGGGAAACGAACUAGUCGAGCAUGAAACGUUGAGGUGGCGAAAACUGGGCACUGUUUGUUAAGUUCUAAACUUUGACUUCGUAUUGUGUGCGAUUAUACUUCCUGUUGACUUUACCGUAGUAAUAAGUUUGCCCUGGUACUAAUAAAAUUGGCCAUGACUGGCCGGAAAGAAAUAAUAUGCAAUGGGUUAUCUUACCUUUAUGAAAAACGGAGCGGUGAUUCGCUGUUUGGUGUCUGAAUCAACUAGUAUAAAUGUACCUUUUUCCGUUUUCAUCGGCCUAAAUUCGAAUUCGGCUUACGCAAAUGUACGACGUUUGUAAUGGGCCCCAAGAAUCACUUAAACUGCAACACUUAUCUUUCAACCGUUAAUACUGCUCCUUUCUCUUGAUUUUGCCAGAACACAAUGUUAUUUAGUCUUCUGAAGACGGCUCGCUUACUAAGGCUGUUUCGUGCCGCAAGGAAACUGGAUCGAAACUACGAGUACAUGACGUCCCUUUUAUUUUUAAUGAUCGUGUUUUUUAUGCUGGUUGCUCAUUGGCUAGCUUGCAUUUGGUAUGCAAUCGGUAAAGAAGAAGCCGCAAAGUACGACGGAUUAUCGUGGCUCAGUAUUCUAAAAUAUCAAAUGGACGUGCCAAUGGCUGAAGAAAACGACGACCCGUCUGCCAUGAUCAGCCUCCGGACACGGUAUCUGACGUCACUAUAUUACGUCAUGACCCUGUGCACUACUGUAGGGUUUGGAAAUGUUUCGGCAAAUACAGACGCCGAAAGGAUUUUCUCUAUUUGCUGUAUGCUUAUGGGAGGUUAGUCGUUGCUUUUGUUCUUUCUUUAUGAAAAUUAUCAAUGCCAGUUCUCAACCGCAUCCAAAGGCCAAAGAGUCUAGCCUGAGAAGACAACCGACAUUCCGCGGCGUCACCAAAGGUUUUCCGUCAAAAUGACGUCUGAGAAACGAAUGCAGAAAUUCCUUGCUGAUGACGUGUCACUACCCAGGACUGUUAAAAGUGUUUGAUUGGUUGAAGCAAGUUUCUAUCGCGUCACGACCAAUCAGAAGCACUGCUCAGAUAUGGGUAGUGACACGUCAUCACUAUUGAAUUUUUGCUUUCCUUCCUCAGACGUCAUUUUGCGGGAAGACUAGUGGUGGGGUCGCGAAAUGUCGGCUAUUUUCUCAGGGUACAAAGACCCUAACCAGACAAGGUCGUCUUUUUGAUGACGGUAGGGCCUGGGGGAGUGGACUAUGCAGACAUCGAAAAGAUAGCAAGACUUUUUUUAUUUUUAAUCAACUUUGGGUUUUCGUUUUUGUUAUAAGAGGGAGUUAAAAAAAAUCAUAGUCUUCCACUAUAUAUUUGGUUUUGUAAUGCAGUCGAUUACAGUACAAACCCGCGUUUAAGAACCCACAUUUUAAGUCAGCCAAAAUAGGUUCUUUUUAGGGGGGAUGGUUGUUUUAAUUUUGGUAUUUUGGGCUAAGUAGGUUCUCACUUAAGGUUCCUAAUGUCUGUACGAAGGAGACGUAGUGUAUUUGCUUACCAGAAAAAUUAGUGAUCUUGGGUUUGGCACUUAAUUUACAGUCUUUUUCACAACUGUAUUACGAUAAGCUUCAAAUAACUGAUUAGAGCGUAAGGUGCAUAUCUAGUGGUACAACAAUUUCUUGUUAUAGAAAUUUGUAAUCUCAAAGUCAAAUUCCUCGGUUAAAAUUUUUAUUAUAAUAUAACUGCAACGGUAAUCCUCAUACAAGAACCUGCUUGAUCUGGCUUGGGUUAACAGGUUCUUAUACUUUUGGUUAUGAACAUGGCAAAUGUCUGCCAGCAGGUUAAACCACUUUCAUACACGGGUGUUUUUACUGUAUUUUGUUUCCUUUUUUUUAGCUGUGAUGCACGCAGCCAUAUUUGGUAAUGUGACAGCCAUCAUUCACGGUCAGUAUUCCAGUAACUUCCGGUAUAGGAAGGAGUCUCUUCAAAUAAACGAAUUCGUUCGUUAUUUCAAGAUUAAGAACCCGCUUGCUCGUAGGCUCAGGGAUUACUCACGUCACACGUGGUCCCAAACCAAGGGAACAGAUAUGGCCAAGGUGAGUAUCAUGUGAUCAGAAAUACUUCCGAGGAGCGCUAACUCGUGUUCAGUAGUGGAAAGUGCAAAUUUCUUUAAACGUAAGGUGUAAAGACUUUCACAUAGGAAAAUUACCUGACAGUUAAUAUUCGCACCCUAGAGCAACUAAACAACUUAAAGAUGAAUGUCCACCGUUUCAUAAUAUUUUAUGCCGAUACAAACGCUGUACUAUAGAAUAAUAAAUAGAAGCAGAUGAUACAAAAUUUGCAAUUAUUGGAUGAGGCUGAAAAUGCCUUUGUAACGGCUUCGGCGGAUAACAUCCUCCGAUAUCUGCUUAGUUCUUCCGAGAUCAUUCGUCAUAAGUCAGGGGAUUUGACGCAAUUAGAAACGGGGAAAUGUUUUAAUAAUAACUGAAAUUUGAAUAGUCUCUCUAAAGUAUUUUACCCACUCGAAUAAACUGAAGGACAGGAACAACAAUAACAACAAAAGCGGAACAUAGCUAAUCAGCUUGCAAAGUUAAUACGAUACCAGAAAUCUCAGUAAACAAUCACGCAGCUGUUGUACCUUGUGGAUAACUAAAGGUUAAACUUAAAGCCAUUUUAGCGAAAGCGACAUUUACCUCUCCAGCCACAUAAUUAUUCAAGUGUUGUAGCGUCGAUUCACUUUUUAAUUCCAUAAGGUGCACAAAACGCUGUCUCUGAAGAGAGACCACAUUUUCGUUUCUCGCAGGUUAUGGAAAAGUUCCCCGAUGGUCUACAGUACGAAAUCCAUCUUCAUAUGCACCUGACUGUUUUAUCUGAUUCGUUUCUGUUCAACUGUUUUGACGACAGCUGUUUGAGAGCGCUAGCAAAAAAAAUGCAUCGGCACCAUCAUCUUCCUGGACACCAGAUUCUACACGAAGGUGAUGACAUCGAUUCCGUGCAUCUCGUGAGAAGAGGAAAGAUUGACAUCAUGGUGCACAACAAACAGUGUGGAACGAUAAGUGAGUCUUACCUCUUAAAAUUAGCCAUAGCUUGCACGGUAGUGCAUCCUGAGCAACAUUCGUUUCCUUUUCAAAGUGUGCAAUGUGCGAGAGCAUGGAGCAAUGUGGAAGGGAAGGGGAAUUGGAGAAGAAGGAAGGGCGCGUGCUUUGUCGCGCUUUCGGAUGAAAAGGACUGGAAUCAGGUUACAUUUAGAAGGCUUUUCUUGAUUGUUAUUGGUGGGGGGUUGGAAUCCACUGGUAUUUCCGCCGUCCUUUAACCUCAGUCAUACUUUGUUUAGCCCUUCGAAGCUUCCAAACAAAUUAACAUCUGUUCUACCUCCCCUGCAGGGCUUCCCAAAAUGUCGUACCCCUCUAAAUUUCUGCUUUCCCUCUCAAGGUCAUAAUAGAUUAAGCGCCCCCCCCCUUGAAGGCUCCAUAGGCUCAAACGUCAAAUAGGUAUCACAGAAAGGUAGUGCUGAAUUACUGUUAUCUAAAGGGCGACCUGGGCAAAAAAUAAAACCAAUUAUUAUUCAUUCAAAAUAUUUCCCCGAUUCUGAUUGGCUUAAAGCACACGCAUAAUUCACCAUAACCAGUUACUGAUGACCAAAUUGCAAUAAUUUUGUGUUUAACGAGGAAAUGACGUCAAAAAUGCAGCGUUCUUGCAGGUUAAUGCACCGUUAACUGAGAAGACCUGUUGACGAGGUUAAGUUGUUUUAGAUGUGAAAACAAAAAAUGGCGGACAUUUCACUCGUUUCAAGAGUAAGAACUAGGCGAAAUUAUAGCUAAAAACAUGGCAAGAGCACAACUCGAAGGGCGACAUCUGCUAUUUGGGCAAUAUUUGCGGAGCUGAACAACCCUAAACGUGCACUAUCGAAGGUGAACUUAACAUCGAUGGAGGUAAGCAUGUUUUAGCUUUGGUUUUAAACUAGGAAUUAUUUUGAAUGAAUAAUAGAACAAUUAUUGAAUUCGGCUUGCGUAUCAUAUGAAGAAUAAUGGAGAUCUCGGAGGGUGUUAUCCACCUCGGCCUACGGCCUCGACGGAUAACACCCUCCUCGAUCUCCAUAAUUCUUCAUAAGAUACUCAGUCUCAUUCAUUAAUUGUUAAAUAUGUCAUGCGUAACCGUCUUUAUCCUUUGUCUCUUCUAGGGGAAGGUGACGCAUAUGGGGCUAGUUUAAGGCAAAUUUCAUCCCGCCCAAGGGCUAAAGUUGCCUUGCGAGCAUCUACUUGUGUGGACUGUCACGUGAUCAAGCUUAAAGACCUUGAUGAUGUCUUGCAGUCAUACCGUGAUCUGCGUACGCAGCUGCUAGAAACAAUGGAUGCUGCUCACCAAAAUGAUUUAUACGAUGAGGUAGUUCAAUCAUAUUUGUCACGAUUUCCCUUUCCCCUUGUUUUCGCUGCGUUUUACAAUCUUGCAAAGCCUAUAAUAGAUAGUUAGGUUUUGUCCACUUGCAGACCGACGGAUUAAACGCUUUUCACCAGUUGCCCUAAUAUGUCACACUUCUAUUUAUGGCGAGACAACAACUGCUAAAUUCUCCUGAAAAGGAAAAAAAAAAUUGGUCGAUAUCCUGUGAGAUAAGGGGUUUAGUCCCUGUUCGCUUUUCCCCGUUUAUUGUUAGAACUUCGGGGUCAUUCUUAGGGGAACGGAGAUGACUUUGUCACCGUAUAUUGUUAUCUGGAAUCCAAGACUGUCUUGUUUUACCGUACAUGGGGAGACUUUGAUGUAGUUAGAGGGAGCAUGUUUUAGGUGGAAAGAGUUGAGAAGAUUAAAAUGUCAAGCGACCGGUUUCGAGCUGACGUUUCUCGAAAAUGUUCGUGGAAACAGUGACCUGCGUGUAGUACUCUUCCAUUUUCGACGACGCAGAUGUCUUUGCGGAACGCAAAAGUUAUGGCGGGGGCAGUUAAUGUUAAAAAAGCUUGGCUAACGAUUGAGUGCUUUAUGAUUUAACUGUAGUCACAAAAUUGGUUUUUAGAGUUCUUUUGGUUCUUUUACAGGAUUUUACGAAUGGGAACAUCUAUGAAGCAAACAAGAACGGCUCAAAACCUGGUGCGAAGCGGAAAAAUACGUGUACGCACAAGAAAACCGCUUAA